CCUCAGCGACAUCUCUCUUCUCGGAUCUGCGGUCUCGCUCCUCGCUCUCUCAUACCGUCUAUAGAGUACCACUUGCACCAGCGCCAGGGCGAGAGUUCAGCGCAAGUGCUCGCAAAGCUUCCAUCCUUCCAGCGCCAGCGAGGCAUUCGAGCCCGUGACUCGGGUCAGCCAACUCGCCGCAGCACUCCCGCUCGUGCAUAAAGAGGCACCCCGUCCGCUGUCUCGGGUCGUUCUGCUGCAUCCCACUACCGCCUCUUCAUCAUGCUCGCCUCGCAGCUCAAGGCCGCCCUGGCGCAGCGCCAGCAUAAGGGCACGCUGCGCGCUCUCUCGCUCUACCCUGCCUCGCCCGCUCCGUCUACCUCUAGCGCUGCUACAGCCGCACAGCUCGUCGACUUCUCCUCCAAUGACUACCUCUCCCUCUCCUCGUCGUCGACGGUGAGGGACAACUUCGUCCGGCGCGUCACGCACGCCGUGCAAAGCGGAGAGCCGAUGCUGGGCAGCACGGGCAGUCGACUGCUGGAUGGCAACUCGGACGCGCAUGAGCAGCUUGAGCAUCGUCUCGCAUCGCACUUCCGCUCGCCCAGCGCACUCCUCUUCAACUCAGGCUUCGACGCCAACGUCUCUCUCCUUUCCUGUCUGCCACAGCCAGGUGAUGUCGUUCUCUACGACACGCUCGUGCACGCCUCCGCCCACGAGGGCAUGCGUUCCUCCCGCGCCCAGAUCUGUCGCUCCUUCCGGCACUCCGACCCGGCCGAUCUCGAGGCGCAACUGCUUUCGCUCCUCGAGCCGUCGCUGGAUCAUAUGCCGCCCGCCAAGCGCGCCGCAGCGUCAGAGCUAGCACAGCGUCUCAAGUCAGGUCGCGCAAACGUCUUUGUCAUCGUCGAGGGCGUCUACUCGAUGGAUGGCGACAUCUGUCCGCUCCCGGAACUGCUGGAGAUCCUCGAGCGCCUCGUGCCGAACGAGGACUGCAGACAUGUCAUUGUCGAUGAGGCGCACAGUGUCGGCGUCUAUGGCGAUGCCGGUGAGGGACUCUGCGUCGCCAUGGGCGUCGAGGAGAAGAUCGCGGUGCGGCUCGCGACGUUUGGCAAGGCCUUUGGCAGCUCUGGAGCUGCUGUGCUCUGCUCUCCGCUCUUGCGCCACUUCCUCAUCAACUAUGCUCGGCCGCUGGUCUUCUCGACGUCCAUGUCGCACCACACCAUCCUCUCCGUGCACUGUUCGCUCGACGCGCUCUGCGAUGCGCAACAGCCACGUCGCAAGGCCCAGCUCCACACCAACACGCGCCGCUUGAUCGGCGGUCUCUCUUCCAUCCUCCACUCCUCCUCCACGCCCGCGCCCGCAUGGCUUCCAGCCGAGCUGCAAGCUCCGCAGCUCAGCGGAUUGGCACCAAGUCCCAUCGUGCCUCUCCUCACGCCCUACGCGCGCGAACUGGCAGAGCGGCUGCGCAGCAAGGGCUUCCUCGUCCGCAGCAUCUGCUACCCGACGGUGCCGCGCGGGCAGGAGCGCGUGCGCAUCUGCGUGCAUGCCGAGAACCGCGAGGAAGACGUCGAUGGCCUUGUGCGCGCCGUGCAGACGUGGAGCAGCGAAGUGCUGCAGCAACAGCAGCCGCAGCUUCCACAGAAGCGACCGGCAAACCUGCGCAAGGAGAUCGACGCGGCUAGACUUUGAAGAGACGUGGUAUGACGAGCUAAGACCAGAUGCGCUAAUUUUACAACGGGUAGACGAGUGACGGGCUACGAACAGGGGCGAGGGAUGAAGAAGGGCGGCGUCUCUCAUCUCAAUGCAAUAAUUCCG